CACAGGGCAAGCGUGGGCAGCGAGCUGUGGUCAGGAGGCUGGGCUGGCCAGUGAGCCCUGUCUCCCAUCCGGCAGAGCCUAAGCCAAGUCCUCCGCCAUGUGCCGGCCUCGGACCCUUCUGGAGGGAUCACUGCUGCUGCUGCUGCUCUUCCUGGGCCUCGCUGGCACCUGCAACUCCAAGAAAGCAUCUGAAGAGAAGCUCAAAGUGCUGAGAGGGAUCCUGGGGAUGAUGAACAGACUGACCCCAGAAGGUCUCAGACAAAACAUGACUUCCUCCUUGCCACUUCCCCUGGUCCCCCCACAAGACAGGACAGAGGAUGAAGCAACAACACUGAAAAAGAUUCUAGGUUUGCUGACCCUCCAGGUGGUAAACAAAGAGACAAGCAUUGACUGCAAGGAAGCAGUGAACCCAGUGAACCCAGUGAAUCCAGUGAACCCAAUGAAUCCAGUGAACCCAGUGAAUCCAGUGAACCCAAUGAAUCCAGUGAGCCCAGUGAACCCAAUCAAUCUAGUGAACCCAGUGAAUCCGAUGAACCCAGUGAAGAUCCCGCCCAUGAGACCCAGCCCGAGGCGGUCUGGGUGGAACUUCCUGAAGUGUGCCUACAUGAUGGUCACCUUUAUCUUCGUGUCCUACAACAGAGGGGACUGGUGCUACUGCCACUACUGUAACCUAGACCUGGACUUCAGACAUGACCCCUGCUGUGCUUUCUAAGGAGUCCAGCCUUCUCAAGUGCCAAGUCUUCCUCCCCCUCCCCAGAAAGCUAUGGCCCUGAGUGGUCAGCGUGGAGGACGACGACGGGUGGCACCGGUC